UGUGUUGUAAUUUAAGGAUACAGAGACUGGAAAAAACUCGGUGUAAUAGAUGUGUUUUCUUGGUCUCUUUACAGAUGGGGCGGGGAGUGUCUUCGCCAACAUGCAAUUCGCACAUGGGCUUGAGUAUAAGCGAAAACGGACAGCCUUCACGCGCCACAUGAUCCUUGAGCUGGAGAAGGAGUUCCUCCUGAAUCAGUACCUCACGGGCAGUCGAAAGAAAGAUAUCGCGCUGAGGUUGCGCCUCCCGGAGCAGCAAGUCAAAAUCUGGUUCCAGAACCGGCGGCAAAAAUGGAAAAAGUCAAAAAUGAAAAAGGACGACGGAUCGUGGAAGGGGGCGAGUCCCGACCAGUCUCCCGGGAGCCAGAGCUCGCAGUCGGGCCAGGUGUCGGGACUGUCCCAGCACUUCUCCCACCAGCAGGCUUAUUCGCACCAACAGCAACGCACACCGCAGCAGGAACAGCAAAAGUCAUCAGAACCGAGGGCAGGACAGCAGACGUCACCGCAGGGUCAGGGUUGGUCAGGUCAUACAUCAGGCUUCGGCCACCUGAGCGGCAGGGUCGUGCCCCCUGGCCUCGUGCCCAUCACUUUGCCCUACACCCGCGCCGCAGCCGGGGGGCACACGCCCACCACCAACCCAGGCGGGACGAGGGACGCGGCCCAGGCCAGUCAGACGCCCUCUAAAUCCUCCAGCUUUGACUCACUGCUUUAGUGCACGCUCUUGUCCUGUAGUUUGUUACAGAGUUUACAUGUUGUUUCUGCCAGUGUGAGAGUGUUGCUGCCCGAGACCCCUCCUGCCCCGAGACCGCUGUGGCAGCAGCUUCCCUGCCGUGCGCCUCCCCUGCCAACUCUUUUGUUUGUUCUUGCCUCGUCUGUUUAGCUCGCAAUAUUUAAAUGUUCGUGUGACAUCACUGUAAUACGAUUUUGUCCAAGGAGGCAAGGGAGGACGAGCAGCGGUGGGCUGUUGCUCGAGACGGUAGAGGAGGAGACACCCGUCUCAGGAUUGAGUGUCUUUGUGCUAUUCCUAAGACAGUUGGUGCGCCUCGCAGCCACAGCCUGCCUGGACGGUUUAACCCGGGAGAGUCCUUAUGUAGCACGCGUUCAUCCACAAAUACCAUAUAUUAACCACAUCCCUUGAUGCAUUGUAUACCAAAAUAUAUUAAUAUGUAUUCAGACCGACCUGUCAUUUGGGAGUGACCGCAGGCAUAGGCUGCAAGUUGCGUAGCUUCUCAUUUACUGUGAGUGGAUGUGGAGGAAGAGGAACGAGUCUCCCUGGUGUAUUGUGCUUUGUGUUGACAUCAGUAUUGGAAGUGCUUGUGGCUCGGGGCGCCGUUGUAACAAAAACCUCGCAGGCCGGUGAUGGGCCACCUUACACCUUAGUGACUGUAAAGCCUUGGCUAUUAAGUUAUAAUGUUUGUCGGUGGUUGAAGAGUAUUAUGCCACGUGUAUAAUGCCUGCAUAUUUUCAUAUGUUAAGUUGUCUUGAUUGAUUGAUAGAGAAUGCCAUAUGUACAUUGUCAAAAUAUUUUCAUAAUUUGACAUGACGCCACCUAAAUGGACAGUUUAAAAUCUAGUUUUACCCAUUGAUGAUACGGACCAGUAGCUAGAUAGAGCAAUAUGCAACGGACGUGGUAACAUACUAAUUAGAGGUAGGCCGUAGUCCCAUCACCAGUCAGGACGGCACGCUGGUUGAUCUGGCUGCACGCGACUCCGGCCGCCGUGCAAGCCCUUCGUUUCUUCUCUGUUUCUGAGGCGUUAUGGUCAUUUCACUCGGGCGCGCGCGGCCCAACUUGAUUAAAGACAUUUUGGAUGCGUGUUGUGUGCCGUUAACGUAUGAGUUCUUCACCCUGUGAUCUCGCCUCGCCAUCAUCGCCUGGCCACCAGUCAGCAUGUGCUCAGAGAGCAGGCAUUACCCGGCUGCCAGCAUGACGCCGCCCUCCGAGCGAGGGCGCGCGGCCCGAAAAGCUCUGACGGUUCCUAGACGGGUCUCGCGGCCAGACGUUGAUCCCACAAGGACGCGAGGGAGGUAAACCAGGAUCUGAUUUCGAUUCACAAACUAGUGAACUUUUAUCCAAUGUCGUCAUGAUACUUGUACUACAGCACUACCAAAGCAGCACAUGCGGUUGUACAAAAAUGGGGUAAUGACUCCUCUGAUCAUUGUUUGGAGAUGAUUUGAUUAUAUUUAGGACUUAGUUGAUAUUUAGGUUUGCCUGUGCUUUUCAAGUGUGUCAUCAUCGCAGGACUGGAAUCAUAAUAAUGUGCGUCUUUCCAUGAUUUGAUGUCUAGUAAUCGGAGUGUGCGUUGAUGAGUAGAUGCCAGACUCUUGCAUCGCGACGCCGCCCAGGCUCCCUCUUGCACGCCUACGACCGCGCCCGUCACGGGGCCGCGUUUCAUGGAGCAAUAACUUGUCAGACAAGACUAUUUGUUAAGUUUCUUGAUGCCAUUGACACGAACACACACAUCACACAAGUCACGGUAGAUUACUUUCAUUUAUUUUUUAAGAUCCAUUCAGUUAAAGUAACGUUUAAUUACGUAAACAAUUAUUUGUUUCUUUAAAUAACAGGUUGCUGUUAUUGCCAUUAUUAUAGUUAAUGCUAAUAAUAUUAUUAUCAAUAUUAUUUUUAAUGUUGAUGUUGAUAGUAGUAUGUAACGUUAACUGUUACAUUUGUUACUCAUUUUAAAGAUGAUAAUGUACCGUUUUCUAGGUAGACUGUACUUUAAUGCAUGGCAACUUUAACAGGAUUUUAGUAAUUGUAAUACUUCGCAAACAUACAGCCAUACCUGAGACAUUUAUUUCUUGUUUUACACGCAACAGUCAGUGUAGUCACAAUACAUCAUAUUGUUAUUGUUAUAUAUCCGUGAAUGUAGUGCGAACACGGGUGUAGUGUCUGCCUUUAUGGAAACUUCAGUGGCGUGUGUGUUUGUUGUAUGUACUUGUUUUUUUAUAGUUGUGUGUGUGUGUGUGUGUGUGUGUGUGUGUGUGUGUGUGUGUGUGUGUGUGUGUGUGUGUGUGUGUGUGUGGUUGUGUGCACUCACCUGUACACCAUUGUAUGAAUGUCUUGCAUGAAUAUGUGUGCGUGCGCACGUACGUGUACAUCCUUGUAUUUAUGUCUUGUGUGGAUGUGUGUGCGUUUCUGCGUACAGGAGGAGAUGAUGUGUGCAUUCAAGCAGCGACUAGUGGAGAGGGAGGCAGCAGGGAACAUGGGUAGGACGUGUUCCAGAGUGACUGCAGUCGCGCCCCGCGUGCGACCUGGGCGGCAGUAGUUUGCGGUACCGGAAUCGAACAGACUGAAUAAUGUAACCACAAACUAAUGGCUUUAAAUCAAACGCACAUGUGUUAUCCACACAAAAUGAUGAAGUAUUAUGAAAAAGCUUUACAGCUUUUUGGUAGCUUUUUGGUUAUUAUGGAUAAGUAUUCAUGGUUUAAUGUUUGAUGACAUUAAGGUGAAACUGUACAUGAUAGAAUAUAUGAUUUAUUAUUAAGUGUAGUCAGAAGUGCAAUGGAGAUAUUCGAAGUAAUGUAACGAAGUCAAAAUUUAAAGUCUGAUUAUUUUAAUUAUCUCAUAUACAAGACUGUAUAUCUACAACAUGGAUAAUGAUAAGUGAUUUGGUUUCAAUUAAAAUACUUGUAUAUAAAA